AUGAGCGUCCUCGACGCCAACAAGGGGCUGCCUCUCCCCGCCGGCGAGCAGCAACCCCAACCACCACCGCCCCGAUCCCAAACCCAACCUCACCCGCCGGCGCAUCACCAUCACCACCACAACCCGAUCCGUAAGCUCGUCGGCCGCUUCCGCAGCACCGGCAACGGGCAACGAUCACCACAGCCCUCGCAGCAGCAGCUCUCUCUGCUCCAACAGCAACCCGGCGGCAGCGGCUCCCUCACGCCCUCCUCCUCCAUCUACUACGAGUCGGACGAGUGCUACGCCGCGUCGGCCUCGUCCCGCGCGCCGUCCUUCAUCCGCACCCCGCGGCGGACGUCCACCUCGCCGGCCUCAUCCCGCGGCAGCAAGGGACGCCAAUCUUCACAACCCCACCAACAGGAGACAAGGGAAACAGCAGAGGCGCUGGAGCUCUGGAACGAGGCCUACGACGCCCUCCGCGAUAACCCCUCCACGGCGGGGCUCGUGCACGUCUACGAGGCCAUCAUCAGCCAGGAGCUGCCCGACGGGCUCAAGACGGGCGGGCUCAACAGCUCCUCGCUCGAGGGCAAGUCGGCCGAGCAGCGCCUCGAGCUGCUGCGCGCCAUAUCCGCCGCGGGGCUGCGCAAGCGGCGCGGGUCAAAGCAGGCGGCGGCGGCGGCGGCUGCGCAAGCGGCAGCUGGCCAGCAGGCGCAGCAGCAGGCUCCAGACGAGGACCCGGCGCGGCGCAUGCUCGACGAGGCCAAGGACAAGAUCGAGAGCGUCACGUCCGAGUACCCCUCCUCGGCGGCCAUCGCCUGGGCAGGCUUCUGCACGCUGACACCUCUCCUCCUCGACCCCAUCCUCCAGCGCGCCGAGCUCCGCACCGCCCUCUGCCGCGCCAUCGGCCGCAUCCCCUGGUACACGCACCUGACCUCCACGCUGCUCGACUCCAACCAGUGGUCCGCGACGCCCAGCCCGUCGUCGUCCUUCCAGACGCAGCGCGCGCGCGUGCGCGAGUCCACGGCGCGCCUGUGCCGCGCCCUGCUCGAGCUCGAGAUGAACUGCGUCUGCGCCGCCGCCAGCGCCUGGAACCCCGCCGCCAAGAACGUCGUCGGCUGGGCGGGGCUCGCGGAGCUGGCGCGCCGCAUAACGGACCUCGAUGCGCGCGCGAGGAGGGUCGUGGAUCGGAACCUGGGCGAGCAGGCGAGGGGGCGGCUGAGGGCGUUGGAUGUGGACUUGCUGCUAGGUGGUCAGCAGGAGCAGCAGGAGCAGCAGGAGCCGAUGUCGCCCCCGCCGCCCCCGCCGCUGUCGCCUGCAGCGGAUGGUGGUGAAGCUGGUGAGAGUGGUGACAAUGGAGAGCCGGAGGAGAAGACGACGGGUGCUGCCCCCGCCAUUCCGGCAGGCUUCAGCAGGUCAUCAGGGCAGCCUUCACUGCCGCUGCCGCCCGGGCCGCCGGGCCAUGGCGCGCCGGCAACGACAACGACGACAGCCCAAGCGGCUUGA